AUGCCAACGGAUAUGCAAGCUACCAACGGCAUCUUACGAUGUGUGAACGACUUUGCCUCGUUGAUAUUGAAUGAAAGGCAAAAAGAGCCCUUUUCGUUCACGCUUAGACGAGAACAGACGGCGAAUCAACAGCCUAGAGAGGAUAUCCGUCGACUGCAGAUCAGAAGGUGUAUCAACGCCAUAGCCGAAGCCUAUGAGAAUGCACAUUAUUUUCUGAAGCUUGGCGAACCUUCGAAGGCCAUCGAGAGACUUAAUGAUGCGACGCAGACGGCGCCGACCAUGUUCGUCGAUCCAGACCUCUUCCUACUCACUAGACUGAUUGAGAUUGCCACUUGGUCAAAGCUGGAAGAAGUUCCCCGAGCUGCGGCCAUCAGCACGUCGUACCCGACUCUCUGGAUGUGCGUGAUCGACCAUAUCGACCAAAUGGCUGAUGAUCAAGCGUCAAGAGACGAGGCCCAGGAAAUUCGAAUCAAGGCCUAUUUCUAUCUAGUCCGCGUUCUGCGAAACAACGGAAAUCAUUUCGCGGCGAUACAGCGGUGUCAGGAGCUCAUACAACUCUGCAUCACCAUCGAUGGUUUUCGCUCUUUUUCAGCCAAUCGCGCCAGAUACAAUCUCGCCGUAAACCAUUGCGAGGCAGGCAACUUAGAGGCUGCCAUGGAAGCGUACGAUGAAGCACGAAAAUAUCUGAGAACGGCGGAUUGUCCCUAUGAAGGCUGGGUAUUUGCAGCGUUUGCAACUAACGAGCUUGCUCAGCUUCACGAGCAGGAGGGAAACAUUGACAAGGCCGGCAAGUACUAUGAAGAAGCUCUUGUGGGUUUCCUUCAAUGUGGAGGUGACGAGAGCUCGGGUGCCCUGUUAAUGCUGAAAGACUUGAUCGACUUUCAUAAACGUUACGGCCACGAGGAACAGCUUAGCCGGGUCCAGACACAGUACUCUGCUUGUUGUGCGCUGCUGUUGGCAGGCCGAUUGGAUGAUGUACGGCUCUGGGUGGGACGCCGAGUCACAACUCAAGCAUCAGGAGGGAAGAAGUAUCGAGCCUGGACGCGGACAUCUCCUAUUGCCUAAGAUAUUGUGUGAUUCGGC